ACAGACAAGUGGCAAAUUAAAGUAAAACAAUUCUGUUUUUGACAGGCCCUACAGGAGGAAGUACAACUUCAGUCCUAACAAAGAAGUUACAAGAUGGUAACGGCAAUGCAGCUCGUCUUCUUUCUCUACAUUUUGGUCUCUAUCACUGUGUGCGAUGAUGUUUUUAAGCUUGUUAACAGUUCUGUUCAACUGGACAUUCAAAUAAAAGUUGAAAAGUUCGACGAUAUUGCCUGGAAAUUUAACACAAAAACCUUCAUUGUGAGAUUUCUUUAUGGAAAGCCUCCAAGUAGAGUGUAUGGAAGUUAUAAAGACAGGGUGGAGUUUAAUGAGGAAACCUACAGUCUGACACUGAAGAAUGUACAGAAGAGUGAUAGUGGAAUCUAUGCAGCAGAAGCCGCUGGUGAAACGAAGGAAGUUGUUGCUAAGUACCAAUUACAUGUGUUCGAUCCAGUGCAGAAACCAGUCCUUACUGCUUCUCUCCAAAGUAAUGACACCUGUAAUGUGACUCUCACCUGUGAAUCUCAGAAUCUCUCAGUAACCUCUCACUGCUACAAUGAUAAUUGUGAUAUGAUGGAAAAGAAAACAUCUGGAGACAUGUUCCUUUCCCUCUCACUGUAUGUUAGUAACAACUUCAUCAUUUGUAAUCAUAGCAACCAAGCGAGCUGGAAAAAUACAACUCUGGAGAUAAAACAUGUGAAAGAACUGUGCCCUAGUGAAGAUAAGAGUCCUGUGCUAGAUAAAAAAGGCACAGAUUUAUUAUGGACCAUCUUAAUAAUUUCCAUCUUAAUUUUCAUCAUCAUCAUCAUCAUCAUCAUCAUCAUCAUCAUCAUCUUCUGGCUGAGGAAAAGAAAAACAAUAAAUUCUGUCAACACAAUCUAUGAAGAAGUUGAUGCUAAAAACAAGGGGGGGGGGAAAGCAGAGUCAGUUGAGAUGUCAGCGAACCAUGCGGCUCCUUCUACUGUGUACUAUACUGUUGGGAUGCAAGCCCCCGCUUAUAGUAAUGAUGAGAGCACUGGAAUGGACAUCAAGAAAGUGCCGCCCAGUGACAGCAAAUUCUGUGAAACUCAUCAAAAUGAAGGGGGAGAAUGGAAAGAUGAUUCAGUGGACUUACCACAAACCAUUUAUUCUACAGUGAACAAGGCUGGUAAACCUGUUUGAGGAGCAUGAACAUGUCUUGUAUGAUUGAUAUUUUUGUAAUUUUUUUUUAUUUAUUUAAACAUUUUCCAUACAGAAUGUGAAAUACCUCAAGAAUUCUGGACAAAUGUGAUUUAUAGUGAUUAUUAUGUAUGUAGAGUCAUAAAUGUCAAAUAGUUUUAUGUCAAAUGUCUGUGGCAUGAGACCAGAAUGCUUUAAAAAGUCUCAUUA